UUUGCUCCCCUGUCCCCAGCCUUUUUCCCUGAGACGCUCUUUGCUCCUCUGCAGGACUCCAAAACAGCCCAAAAGGAAGUCCACCUCUGAUCCCAGGACUAACAGCUGCACUGGCCACUCUUUGCUGCUUCAACCACUUCUGGAGCCACAUAAAUUUUUGAAAUCUCCACCUCUCUGAAGUCCGUACUGGUCAUAAAUAUCAGAAAUAUGGAACUGCAAAAGCUUUCAAAUGGCAAUCAUCACCACGAUGUACCUGUGGAAGGAGGAAUCCCUCCAGAAGAAGAAAAGUUCCUGCAGCACAAGAAUGAUUCAAAAGGACCUCAGUUCACAGACUUUGAGGGUAAAACUUCCUUUGGGAUGUCUGUGUUUAACCUGAGUAACGCCAUCAUGGGCAGCGGCAUUCUGGGUCUGUCAUACGCCAUGUCAAACACAGGAAUUGUCCUUUUCCUGAUCCUGCUGACAUGUAUCGCCUGUCUGUCCUGUUACUCCGUCCAUCUUCUUCUACGCAGCGCUGGAAUUGUCGGGAUUCGUGCAUAUGAGCAGCUGGGACUGAGAGCUUUUGGUCAUCCAGGGAAAAUUCUUGCGGCAGUCAUCAUAACAUUACAUAACAUUGGAGCGAUGUCCAGUUACCUGUUCAUAGUGAAAUAUGAGUUACCACUGGUCAUUCAAGCCUUUCUCGGCCAGACAACAAGCUCUGAUGACUGGUUCAUGAAUGGAAACUACCUCAUCAUCAUUGUCACUGUGUGCGUCAUCCUUCCAUUGGCUAUGAUGAAACACCUGGGGUAUCUUGGUUACACAAGUGGAUUCUCUCUUUCCUGCAUGGUGUUCUUCCUCUCUUCUGUAAUCUACAAAAGAUUCAACAUUGCUUGCCCUCCAGAAUUGUUUGGGAAUUACUCAGUGAGCACACCUAUGCCAGAGGACACAUGCACAGCCAAAUACUUCACUAUUAAUCAAGAGACGGCCUACACCAUCCCUAUCUUGGCAUUUGCUUUCGUAUGUCACCCAGAGGUGCUUCCCAUCUACACUGAGCUGAGCAACCCAACCAAGAAAAGGAUGCAGAACAUUGGAAAUGUGUCCAUUCUGGGCAUGUUCAUCAUGUACUUCUUCACUGCAACAUUUGGUUACCUGACCUUCUACGAAAACACCGAAGCAGAGCUGCUGCACACUUACAGUAAGGUAGACCCUCUGGACAAGCUGAUCCUGUGUGUUCGGCUGGCAGUCCUGGUGGCCGUCACCCUGACUGUUCCUGUCGUCUUAUUUCCUAUCCGUCGUGCCCUCCAGCAGCUGCUGUUUCCGGGGAGGCCUUUCCACUGGUUCCGUCAUGUUGCUAUUGCUGUGUGUCUGCUGUUCGCCGUCAACCUCUUAGUCAUCCUCGUCCCCAACAUUCGAGAUAUCUUUGGCAUCACUGGGGCGACGACUGCACCCAGUCUGAUCUUCAUCCUUCCAGGGCUGUUCUAUAUCCGCAUCGUCCCCACUGACCAGGAGCCUAUGAACUCUAGACCCAAAAUCCAGGCUGCGUGUUUCACUGCUCUGGGUUUCAUAUUCAUGACUAUGAGCCUGACAUUCAUUGGGAUUGACUGGAUGAGUGGAGGAAACCGAAACAUCGGUGGCCAUUAAAGUGCAUCCUCACAGCCCAUCUAACAUCGGCAGCCCCACCUCUCACUACAAGAAUGCCUGUUCCAGUUCUCUGGAUGGGAAGUGAGACUCAUUUAACUGCUGGAAGACGACACCAUACUUUCCCAGGGCUUUGGUGGGACCGGUUUCAUCGCCUCAUAGGAUGAUCUGUUCCUCUGCAGUGUGGGAGGAGCCCAGUUGUGUCCUGUCAGCCCCCCAUGGUCAAUGUAUACACCACCUGAUCUACAGGUGACGUUCCUCUGGUUUGCCUGAAGAACUGACCAACAAGCUGACCAGUGAUGCCUCUAGACCACUAAAAGCUGUCUUCUUUGAAAAUAAAUUAAAUAAAUGAAUAAUACGCCACAUGUGGUGUACAAUUAACAGCAAUUAAAAACAAAUUGGGCAAGGAUCUAAAUGCAUAAAGUAUUAAACCACUGAUAACAUUUGACAUAAGUGUAUGGGCUUUUUACAAAUUCACAUACCACAGUGUUAAUGUAGAAUCAUGAUUAGAGUCUGAGCAUGCUCAGAUCAAAGAUCCAAGGCUUUCAAAUAACGCUGAAAUUACUUUGUUCACAGAUAAAAUAUCUUUUCUAAGAUGAAUUGGGAAAAAUUAAAUGAUUAAAGUGCUGGUUGGCUAAUGUUUUCAAGAUAUAUGAGAAGUGUUAUUACAUAAGUACAUAGGUUUAUGUCUUAAUAUGACACAUGUACACCUCUUACACUACAGGGAAUCUGAAAAGUGAAUGUAUUAUAAUGGACACUAGUAGCUCAUUGAUUUAGAGAAUUUGAAAUUUUGCUCAAUAUUGUAUCUUUAAACCAUGUUCAACCAGGACUUUGGACUUUUUUUUUUUUUUAUUAAUUACACAACCUUGGUAAAAAAAAAAUGAACCACAUUUAGUCUGGAAGUAUUUUACUUGUAGACCGGUGUAAUUAAUUUCAACUGAUUUUAUACUUUAGGGAGAAAUAUUUGAUAAACUAUAAAGUUCAUUGCUUCUUGUGUUCUGAUUCAAUUAAUGUGCAAAAAGUAAUUUGUGACUUUCUUCAAAAGCGUGUUGAUACUGGCUAAUAAAAAUGUACAUUAAACCUUUUUUUUUUGCUUUUGCUAUGCAAAAGAAGUGAUGACAAGUUAUGAAAAUAAUGAGUGAUGGAAUUGCAGGACAUAUCAUAAAUGAAAGAUAAACACUUUGCAGGACUUGUGUAUUUUUCAGUACAGGACUUAAACUAAGUUCAAUGAUAAGUUCAAUGAUUGUACAAACAGCGUUCCUGCUGCCAUGAUGAUGGUCCAAACCACCUGUUCACCUGUUAUCUUCACUGUAAUGUAUGUUUACAAUAAAAAGAACAUCAGA